CCUAUUCAGAUUAAUAUUACUUAUUAACUAAUUUAUUAAAAUGACAACAAUAUCUUGUAAAUCGCAUAUAAAAAACUACUGUUCAACAUGUUCAUUCGCAGGUGUUCGAUUUAUUGCUGAUGAUACAAAACAUUGGACAGAGAGAUGGCUGUGGAUAGCACUUGUAGCGCUAUCUUGGUAUGGUUCAGCGCUUCUUAUAAUCGCAGCUUGGAAUGCCUUUGUAACGAAUCCUAUAAGUUUCGGCGUAGAAACUACCUACACGGACUGGGACACGAGAUUACCAACAGUUGCAAUUUGUGAAUUGUCCAAUGAUGACAAAAUCUACAAUGUUUCGGAUACAAUAUGGACACCAAAGCAUCUCUUGGAUCUUGAAGAUGUCCUUAAAGAUAUUGCUUAUUUCCGCGGUGUCGCAUACAGUCUUCUUGAAGUGUGUUAUACAAAAAAAAUGUACGAUCCACGCUGUCCAUUAUCCAAUUAUAGUUACUAUGCUCAACUGAUACGAAGUUCAUGCCACGAAAUUUUAAAAAAUUGUUCUUACAACGAUAAGGAGUUUAAUUGCUGUGAAUAUUUCCAACCAAUAGAAACGGAUAUUGGCGUUUGCUACAUUAUAAACUCUAUACAGACAAAACGGCAAGUAACAGUAAGGAAUAUUGAAGACGAUCCGCUGGUGAUAAAAACUACACCACAACAACGGGCAUGUCGCUAUCACGACGAAAAUGAUGGUGGUCUCUACCCACACUACUCGUAUAGUGCUUGUAACGUUUUUUGUCGCAAACGGGCACAAAUGGAACUCUGCCAGUGCAACGACCAUUUUAUGCUUGGCACAACAGAAUCUGAACGAUGUAACAUCUCCGGUAUGUGGUGUCUCCACACACAUUCAAGUCACUUGACCACACUCAAACCUGCCUGGGCUAAGCGUCCCGGUCUCAGUUGCGAUUGCAUGCCGUCUUGUGAUGAAACUGAAGUUACUGUUAUAAAAGACGUUAUAACAUCACUUAAACCAAAAAAAAAGAAGACGUAUGUUGAAUUGAUGCUUGCAUAUUUGCCAACCGAGAGAUUUAAAAGAAACGUGGUAAGAAGUCAAUUGGACUUAGUUGUGUCUGUGGGUGGCACGGCGGGCUUGUUUGUCGGUGCCAGUUUGCUGAGCUUUGUUGAAUUAAUAUUCUUUUUCACAAUUCGUUUUAUCAGCGACCUUUGUAUGAAGAUACAUGAACGUGAACAAAUAAUACCUAUCUACCAAAAUUAAAACAAUCUCCAAAAUAAAAACGAAAAUGAAUUAUAAAUGCAAAAAUUAAUACAAUUUUUCACUUAAAAUCAUAACCAAUCAAAAUAAAACAUGCCAUUGUCUCAAGUGCAUUAAACAAAGACGGAGUGGGUUCCGCUGGUUUUUUUGUGGAUAUUUUUAGUGGUGAGUCUCACAUCCCUAACUCAUGUUGGGGAAACGCGUAUUUCUAGCGAAAAAAAGUGCAUUAAACAAAAAAAAAAUUAUAGACGAGUGUGUAAUCAAGACAUCUAUGACAUCAUUCCGUAUCAUUUACUACAUAGGAAAAGGGAACGACCUAUUUAGUAGACUGCGUGAAUAUCAUUAUACAGUCAUCACAACGAGUAACGACCCCACUUAUUAUAAUCAUAGAGCAAAUUGAAAUAAUGAAGAACUUCACCGAUUUCGGUCUUUGGUACUUUGCACAGACAAAAACCAACCAGGUAUUAUGGUGCACAAGUUGCACAUGUACACUCUGUAUUCCUCUAACUCUCAUAAUCUAACAGAACUGCACUCCAACUCCGGAUAGAGUUCAGUUGCAGUAUAACCAACAGCUUUACCUGACACGAGUAGCAGAAAAUCUGAAUUCAUUAAGUUCGGACAUAUAAGCUAUAUAAGGUAGACAUAAGACCAAAGAGACAAUUAACGAAGCAAAUAAAACAUACGUGUCCAAAAAUCUCUGGCCCCAUUCAUCACAGGAAACUAUGGUCAUAGUUACAGCUGUUGCAAGCGACAAAUCGAUGCCCUACAUCUUAAAGGGACCUGACACUACUCAAUGUAAUUAAAUUACAUUAUGCAGAAUCUAAAGAGCUUAUCCGAAUUUACGCUCUGACAUUUAUAGCAAAUUGUAUUCGCUUUCAAGUAUAGUAGGGAGACCAAUUCACAGGCCACUUAAAACAAACGAUUCCCUACAUCUUAUCAAUAUAUAUGUAGAUCAUACAGAGUCAAAAUUUAUUGGAAUUUACACACUGAAAUUGAUCGAAGGUUUUAUCUGAAUCGAGGUUGAUUUAUAUGGUAUCAUCGUAUUAACAGAUAUAUACAUAUAUAAAACAAAUAACAAUAAUUUUAAUUAUUAUCAACUAGCUACCCGUCCCGGCUCCGCAAAGGUAAUUUCGCAAUUCGGUAAG